AGUCGCUAUAGGGACCAGGAUUGUUUUUAUUCCUUCUCCCGGAUGUUUGAGGGGAAGGAGGCAACUGAGGCAGCAAGGAGAAGAGGAGAAAAGACAGAAAGCUUUGUGAAGGAUGUGGAGAAAGGGUGCUGUGCAGCCUGUGAGGCUGCAAGAGGUGGAGGUUGUAGGGCUUCUCACAGAACCCUCCUUUCACAUGGCAAAAUGUGCAGCAGAGGUACGUAAGUUGCAGACCUUUUUUCUUCCUACUGGAGCCACUUGCUAACAUCAUUCUUCCUCUUCUUUUUCUUGUGUGGUCUUUAUGUAGACUGUAUGCCUCAGCUGUUGUAUUACAUAUAGUUGCAGUUGCUGAAUAGAAAGCACAUCCUUCCAAAGCACAAUUGUGGAAUGGGCUCUCCUCACCAAAAUAAAAUAAAAUAAAAUAAAGCUUAAUUAAGAAACUUGCCACUUCCAUUUGGCUUAUCUGAGUACCCUCUUGUAAUAUUUUAUGAUGAUACAAGAAAAUUUUGAAUUCGAAAUUAUACAUGAAUUAGGGUAAUUUGCAUCGGAAAAUUAUCAGUUUGAAUGGGAAUAUAUUUAUUUUCAUUGUAUUCAGUAACCAAAGUAAACAUUUUGAAACUGCCAAACUUGCCUAAUACUGCAGUUGGCAUCCAUUUACUGUUACUAAUGAACAGAUGAAAUUGAUUUUUUUUUUUCUGCAGAGAAAUGAAGCACUGGAAUAUUUUCUGUGCCACAUCGUUAAUAUUUUAUCAACCUUUGCUUGAUAAAAAUUAUCCUUUAACAUUUAAUCCAUAGAACUGAAACUGCAGUCUGUGGUAACCCACAAGACUUUAAAGCAGAGCUUUUCAUGCUGGUGACACACUUUUUAGAAAUGCAUCAUUUUGCAACACAGUAAUUCAAUUUUACUAGCAAAGCAGAGGUUAAACUAACCCCUUUCCAGCCGGGGAGCAUUUUUGUGACACUGCAGCCAACACACUAAUGUGUUGCGACACACAGUUUGGAAAGCUCUGCUUUCAAGGAGCCAAAAUGUCCAACUCCCUGAUUCAAAAAAAGAUGGUCAUUUAACUAAUACAGUAUGGUAGCAAAAAUCUUUUGUGCCACCUUCCAGGUGUUUGCCUUGAAUUUCUAAACCACUUUAGAUGUUUGUGUAACUCUCUCUGAGUGUGGCCACAUGGAAGAGGGAACAUUCCAAUCUGCACCUCUUUGAAUUCAGUCAGCGGCAGUGCUUCCUAGCUGUGCUUCAUUUGAAAAUGACACAUUCAUGUUCAUGGAUAUCACGACUGAGAAGUGGCAGGCAGCUCUUCUGUGUCAAUGACAGGCUGUUUCUUCAAUAUGUCUGCAUUCCAAGGCACAUCAGGACCCUCUCUUGUCUUAUGUGGCCUUUGACACUUCAAUAAACAAAUUUGGCUGUCUAAACACAAGAGAGUUUUAUUACACAGAGAAGGAAGAGUAAGAUUGGAAACAAUGGAGGAGCUCACUGAGGGGAAUGAAAAAGGAAGGAUUAAGAAUGGACAUCUGUUUAUAAAUAUCCAUCUUUAUACACCUGGUUGAGACGUCUGAGAGUGCUCAAAUUUGCUAGGAGUAUGAUGGUUGUAACCAACACUGUUGUUCUAUUCAUUCAGUUGAUUUCCCCCUGCUCUCCUCCUCCCUGCAGCCUGCCCCCCCCAGCCUAUUCCAAGGGGUCUGGGGACCCUCCAGAGCAUAUUAUGAAGGCAUACAGGGAGAGGAGACAAAGGAAAAGCCUUCUCAGGCAAGUGGAACUCUGCAUGUGCAGCACUGGCUACAACCCUAUGUAUCUGCAGGAUCAGUUUGGGACCUUAGGAGUAGUCCAAUGGGAAGGCAGAGAUGUGAUGCAGGGAAACAAGGAGGAAAAUCAAGGCCUAAAACUAGUCACUGCCCAGGCAAAGACACAGAGCAAGCUCUGCUGCAUUAUGGCCAAUGGACUUCAGGGUGUGUAGUUACACUGGUUCAUAGGGAGAAAAUUGGGAUUGUAAGUCUCACAUCGAUCCUGUAAAGCAAAUGACUGUUAUGUUCUCCCUAUUGCAGGAUGUGUGACUAUGAAGAGUGCAAUGAACACUCAGUAAGUUCAUGACGGAAGAAAGAUGUGAACUUAGGACAUCCUAAAUUUUAGCUCGUUGUCUUUGCCACUACCAUUCCUAGUGUUCAAACUGCUUUCAGGAGUAAACAGAGAAGGAAUUGACCUUCUUAUAUUUUGCCAUGGUUUUUACUCAUCACAAGUACAACUCAUCCAUCCCCAUGGAAAUAGAGUAGCGUGAAUGAGAUAAACAAGGCAAAAGUACAGUUAUGAUUGGAUUGAUUCCAUCACCAGCAAUUAUAAAGAGGUCUGUACUGUCCUUUUUAAUAUUGUCAUUUUCUCUUGAAUAACCAGGGCCUGAGGAAAAAUUUUCCAAACAAGAUAGCAGAGCCAAAAGUGCUUCCUUUGCUGCAGUUUGCAUGGGAUGAAUAUUUACAGGAGAAGAAAAAGGUAUUUCUUCUUCUUCUUCUUCUUCUUCUUCUUCUUCUUCUUCUUUCUCUCUUAUUUCCAAAACAGAGUGGAUUGGUUUGAUUUUGGUAUUACAGCAGAUACACUCUCCUGAAACUUUCUGACUGAAUGAUUUAUUUAUUCUCCAGGUUCUGCUCAUAACAUCUUUUCAGGAAAUGAGCCUUUAGUCUGCAUUAUACCAAGCACAGAUAGGUGCUUGAGCACACAACAAGUAGGUUCCGUGUCUGGCACCCAGAAACUCAUAACACAUGGGAAUCUGAAAUGCAUAACACAGGGGAGUCUGGCACCCACAGACUAGUAGCAAUAUGAUUGUAGCCUUUCCCACUGAUGGACACUAGUCUAGCCCAAUAAUGGGGAACCUGUGGCCCUUCAGAUGUCAUUGUGCUACAUCUCCCAUUUUCUCUGACCAUUGGCCAUGCUGGCUGGGGCUAAUGGGAGUCCAACAACAUCUGAAGGGACACAAGCUCCCCAUCCUUGCAUAGCCUUAUAUUUGAAAUGCCACAUCCUUAUUCCAAGAAGUUUUGCUGACAGGAUUGAUGCUCUGCCUUGCUGCUUCACAGGACAAAGUUGAAGUAGUCCAAAUUCUGUCCAAAUUGUCCAGGCAUUGUGAGGAACAUUGGAAGAGGUACUGAAUAAUAUGGUACAGUACUUCCCUAGUAUGAGAACUUAGAAGUUAAACACUAAUCAAGGGCACCGCAUUGAACCAGGUGCAGAUUACACCACCUGUUCCAAGACAUAGACCAGCACUCUGCUUCCUGGAAGUGAUGACACCUGACUUCGGGAACUUAGGCAUGGUACUGCCGAUAGAACUGUUAUUCUGUGGGUUUUCUCCCUGUUUGCAAAAUCUUCAUGUUUAAUUUUUCUAUUAAAUGCCUGCUGAUUCUGAAACACUGCCAUUUUCAUCACAGGAGUUAAAAGGGGAAACAUGGGAAUAUCCUUCCAACGUGAUGUGCUUUAUUGAUGGCCAGCUUGUUGGAGAUGAAAAACAGCUAUUACAGUGGGCCUAUGAUGUUUGGGAUUAUGAGGACUUCAAGCCUGUUGCACUUUAUGAAGCAAUUACACAGGAUUUCCUCACUAAAUACAUGAGAAACAAGCAGGUAGGUUAUUGGUUUUCCAAAGGAAAUAGGUCUGUGAACAAUAUUGUACCUUCAAAAUGUGUCUUCAGCUAGAGCGUUUCACUGCUGGUCACCAUAUUUUAGAUUGGCUGUGAUCCUGUGUGACUUCAUUAUUUAUUUAUUUUUGCCUUAUCGUCUCAGUUCGAACAAUCCUUCGGAGGAUUAGAAAUGUUCUGUGGACUUGCACAUGCAUGCACCUUUUUAAAUUUCUAAAUUCACUAACCAUAGUUGCUGUCAUAUCUAAAUCAGGUGGACUUUGCUAAGCACUAUUUUCCAAAUCAUAGUUUGCUAACUCACUUCAAGUCAUGGUUUGGAGGUUAGUACUAACCAUAAUUUGCCUGAUUCAGACAUCACAGCAAACUGGUAAGAGGAAAUCGGGAAAUAGAAGGGGGAAUUGGCAUAGAAAACAGUGUGCCAGUCUGCUACACAUUCCUCAUCCUCCAAAUCAUGGUUUGCUGUGUUGUAAUGUGAUAUCUGAACCAGGUCAUAUGGUAUAUGACUUUGCUUGCUUACAAUACAGUCAACUCUCAACUUAUGCAGGGGUUAUGUUCCUGGGAUAGUACAUGAAGCCAAAACAGCAUGUAGUCAAAACACACUCUCCCUGCAUCUCCGAACACUCUUUCCUGGGCACCCUAUGUUACCACUUUGAUGUCCCUGGAAGAAAGGUAGAGUAUAUAAAACGAUUGCUUUGUGGGUCAUAACUGGCUAUGGCAAGAAAAUGCUGUGUCCUUCAACAUGAGGGCUCUUUGCUAACAAAAUUCUCAUUUCAAUUUUUGGAAGAAAGCAACAUGGUGUUGGAGCUUGUGGAGAAGGCCCACAAGGGCCCAUCCUAUGGAUGGCAGACUAGUUCCUUGAAAGCCAGUUUGCUCAUGGAUGGAACUUCUCCCCUCCUCCUCACACAAGUUGCACAGCCACAGGGGAGUUUUGGGUAUGUUCUGUGUAUUGGAGCUGUAUCUUCCGGGCAGCAGAUGGCAUAACCAUGAGACAGGUGUAAAAUACUCAAGCAAGAGUUUUAUUUACAACCUUACAAACACAAAGCAUGUGGGUAUUCUCUUUUGCAGGCAAAUUCAAACUGCAACUUCUCCUCCUUUUGUACUCAUCACCAGCUGUACCUAAUCAGCAUAGAAAACCACACCCAGAGCACACAGAAACAGUUCUUAAAGUUACAAUCAUCUUUUUCUGUUUCUUUGCAGAAUGACUCCUAACACUAUGCUUCCUUAGUUUAAGCCCAAAAGGACUUGCCACUGGCCUAAGAAAAGAAUGUGCACCCUAAAACACAUAGAAACUUCUGCAUUGACCUGGAGUUCUUUGGCAGCUUAGCUGAUGACAGGAUUUCUCAGAAGUAGGAAAUUGGAAAGUGGCAGCUUGAGAGAUGCAGAACACAUUGGGAGGCUUCUUGCUUAUGGGAUUCAACCUUUUACUUUCUGAAGCAUAACUAAUGUUCAAAAGAGAAUCUUUAUCCAAUUAGUCACUGUGUUCUAUUUUGACAACUGGCUUUGCCUUUUUUCUUUAUCUUUUUUGGCAGCAUGUGUUUGUGUACUUUGAAAUAUCUAUUCAGGCAGAGCCUAAAGGAAAAUUGCUAUUUGAGGUAAGUGGCUGAAGAAAAAUCAGGCCUUGGCAUUGGAUCUAGUGCAUAGUAUUUUAAAAAGACUCCACAUUCAACUCCAAGGAACUGCAACUCAUUCAAAUGAAGCAUAUAUGCAUGUUUUAAUGUAGUUAAUGUAAAGUUAAUGUAAAAAGUUAAGUUAAUGUAAAAAUGUUACAGGCACAAUUCUGCAUUCUGGAUCCAAUGCCCAAGAGGCUGUAGGGUUCAAUGGAAGCUCUCCUAUACCAGCGGAUUGUGGGAUAAUAAAUGGCCACCAUUGAAGUACACUGAGAGCUGGACCAUAAAGGAGGCUGAUCGCCAAAGAAUUGAUGCUUUUGAAUUAUGGUGCUGGAGUAGACUCUUGAGAUCCCAUGGACUGCAAGAAGAUCAAACCUAUCCAUUCUUAAGGAAAUCAGCCCUGAGUGCCUACUGGAAGGACAGAUCCUGAAGCUGAGGCUCUAAUACUUUGGCUACCUCAUGAGAAGAGAAGACUCCCUGGAAAAGACCCUGAUGUUGGGAAAGAUGGAGGGCACAAGGAGAAGGGGAUGACAGAGGACGAGAUGGUUGGACAGUGUUCUCGAAGCUAACAACAUGAGUCUGACCAAACUGCGGGAGGCAGUGGAAGAUAGGCGUGCCUGACGUGCUCUGGUCCAUGGGGUCACAAAGAGUCGGACACAACUAAACGACUAAACAACAACAAAGUGGAACAUUUGGCCACUGGAGCUCUGCUGCCAGAAAAUAUUGGUCAGCAGAACAGUCACAUCCGGGCACAGUCAUGGGUGCCACACAGUUGUGCCAUUUCCUGGAUAUUAUUAUACUCCACUGCUAUCGUACAACGUAGCACCGGCCCUAUACCUAAUGUAAGGAACUUCUCUCCCAUUAGAGUUUAGGAUUGCAUCUCAAAUGUAUUAAUUCUUUCUGAAUGUCCAAUUUUUUUUUGUGGUAUUCUGAUCAAUUGAUUGCUAAAAGCUGAGUGAGUCAAGAAAAUGUGGAGGCGUAAUGCAUAGCAGGGGCAGAGGCAAGUAGCAUCCUAGCAGGUGUUCAUAUUCCCAUUGCAAACUAUAGGUACAGAUAUAAUUGAGGAGAAGGAGAUGGCUGUAUAGUUAAUGCUUUCUGCUGCUGAGCAUGAACCAAAAUGAGCUGGAUGGGUGGGAUAGCUGCUCAAAAUGGUUACAAUAGGCACAGCCUUAUGAUGCUGCGCUGCUGAACGUUUGUAUUCAUUUAAGCCUGGAAUGGUUAGUAGAUAAUCAACAGACUAAUCAAUUAAAAAUAUUUUGAUAUACUGAAAAUAUUCCCUCAUUAGUUGAAAGUAUAUUUUAUCUCUCUCCCCCCCCCCCUUAUUUUUAUACAAUAGCAAAUUGACAAGUACCAUCUUAUAAGAGGCAUUCUCUCUUUGGAAAAUUGUCCAGAGUUGUGGGGGAGGUCUCUACUGACAUGACAAAGGGCCUUCUCUGGGACUGAGCUUGUAGAAACUUAACACAUGCUUUCUAUCUCCAUUGUGCAGCUCUAUUCUGAUAUCUGCCCCAGGACAUGUAAAAACUUCCAGUAUUUGUGUUCAGGGGAGAAAAAGAAGUCUAUGUCUGGGCUUCCACUCACUUACCGUGAUUCUAUCUUUCACCGACUUGUAAAAAAUGGCUGGAUACAAGGAGGAGGUGGGUAUUGAAACCUGUUUAUACAAUAAAGUCACAAUGCAACUUUCCUGUCUUACUUGACAUGUAUAAUUGCAUUUGCACUCAUCAGAGUGCUUUGAGAUGAUACUAGUAUUGAUACCAAUCUUCCCAAUCCCGUGGCUCUCCAGGUGUCAUUGGGACUACAUCCUCCUUCAUCCUUAACUAUUGGCUAUGGGGACUGGGGUGAUGGGAGAUGUCACAACACCUGGAGGGUAACAAGUUGAGGAAGACUGAUUUAUGCAUUCUCAUUACAAGAUAAAAGCCUUUCCAAAGGUGACAUUUGGAAGUUUCGUGCUCUUUUUCUAAUACAGAAAAGGUAAUUUCAUAACCUUAGUUUUUCUCAAUUAAUAUACAGACAUAAGGGGAGGAAGAGGGACUGGAGGCGAGUCAAUUUAUGGACCUUUUUUUGAAGGUAGGAGCAUGUUCUUCAAAUGUCCUGGUGACAACAACUAGGAGGCAUAAUCUAUGCUGAAUAUAUUGUCUGAAUACAAAAUGUACAAGCGUAAUAGAUAAUGGGAUUCAAUUAAGCACAAAAUGCAUGUUUUUCAAAUACCUGCUGGAAAUUAGUUAAAUAGACUGAGUGAUUUUCUACAUGAGGUUUAAAGUGGCUUUUGCUUCCAUCAGAUGUGUAGUGCAGAUGCAAAAAUUACAUUAACAAGAAUGUCAGCUUGCAUUACAAGUGCUCACUUUCUCUUACUCACAAUGAUCAGAUGUUUGUGUGCAGAAGAUACUCAAAGGCAGCAUAAGGCUCAUGUGUAAAAAGGCCUGUUGUAUUUUGAUCGCUGGCAAUUUAUCAUUUUGGCAACCAUAUGCCUGAAAAAUCCAAACUAGAAUGAGUGUGAGGAAAUGAAUAGCUGCAAAUUUAAGUGAACUUGUAGAUAUGCUGCUGAACAGAGUGAAACUUAAUCCUGGAGAAAGUGUUUAGCAAAAGACUGAAUAAUAUUUUUUUAUGGUCAAUGCAGAAAUGCUGUUAAAAGUGGCACAUUCAUUCUCUGAGGGCAUGUUGUGAUUUUUCUUGCCCCACUCUACAACACUGGUUGCCACUGAGUGUGGAAUCAGAUAAACUUGCAACAUAAUAGAAUAAGGCUUGGUACGUAUUAUGGGGAUGCAGGAAGAAACCUAACAUGGAUAUUGGUUGGGACAGGUUAUGCACACUAUGCAGCUCUAACUUUUACACCUAAAAAGUUCAUAACUAUUUCAGGUUGUUCAGCUGAUAGCUUAGUGCGCACUGGGGCAAAUGGGUGAGGAAGAUGGAAAAUGUGGAAAAUGUGAAUGAGUGGAAAGAACACUGCCACCAUUUAUAAACUGUUUCCUAGAUGAAAGUUUUGCAGUUCUCCAUGACAAGAGAGGUGUUCUGGGAAUGGCCAACCAAGGACGCCACAGCAAUGCAUCUCAGUUCUACAUCACACUACAGCCAGCACCCUACUUGAAUGAGAAAUAUGUGGCUUUUGGGUAUGUUUAAGAGCUCUGCAGUAUAUCUCAAGUGCAAUGUUGUAGUUAAAAUAUGGAGGAGGCAGUACUGCUUACUUGGCUGGAUGCAGUAUCUAUAUUUGUACAGCAUGACAGCAGUGACUAGACUUGAAAAUAAUUGGAAUAGCUUCCUAGUACUUACCUAGCUUUCCCCCUCUACUUUAGACAGCUGAUCGAGGGCUCAGAAGUUCUCAGGGAACUGGAAGCAGUGGAAACAUUCAACGAGAGGCCAGUUGUAGAAUGUAAAAUUGUUAACUGUGGAAUAUUUCAGCCAUAGCCAUGGAUGUUAGAUAUAUUUUGUUUUACUGUAAUGCAUGACACUGUUGUUUUCUGAACCUAUGUUCAGUAAAUCCUGUUAAUUUUUUUGAGGGGGUUAAAUAUAAAAGCAUUUUUUUCACUUUGAAAAAAGAAAAGAAAAAUAUGUGUCCUUUUCCAUGCCAAAUAGUUUCAUUGCCAAACAGCCUUAUACUUGAGACUACAGGAUCUUGGGAACCUAAUGUAAUAUAUUAAUGUGACCACUAUGCAGGGAGCUCUCUUAAGUGCACCCAGGGAGCUGCAUAUGUGCAUCAGGACUCCAGUCUUGUUUUCUUUAAGCAACAGCCUCCCAGUUCUGGACCAUACACUGCUUGUGAAACUCUUCUCAAAAGCUAGAGCUAUGAUUCCUAGUACCCUCAAUAAACUACAGUUCCCAGGAUUCACUGGGGUAAGCCAUGCACUUUAGAUGUAUGGGGGGGUGGGAGUAACAAUUUAUUGGCCAAUCAGAAGGUCAGCAAAUUCUGUUUAGCUUUUCCACCUUAAAUUUAUAGGUUUCAUUUCCCCUUAAAAUUCAGUUUUCUGGGCUGAACGUUUGACCAUCCUUGUCAGAACAACCUAAAACAAAUCAAAAAAUACUUUUGUAACCAAAACCAACACAAAACUGCGGAAACAGUUCCAUUCCGUUAUAGGCUGUAUGCCUAGUGAGCAACAUAAUGCUGCAAAUUUUGAAUGCAACUCGGAGCCUUCCAGAGUGUGAUUGUAGCUCAGGCUGUCUGUUGCCAUUCUUAAUGUUUGUUUCUUAUUCCCCACCCCACCCUCUUUUUUGCCUUAUUUAAAUUAAACCCUUCAGAAAAACACAGGACAAUAGUAAUUAUUCAACUGAAAUGGUAAAACUGGGUGAAUUGUGACAUCUGACCUGUGAUAUGGCUAAUGAAUGAGGGAGCCACUAUGUAUAAAGGUGAACAUAGAUU